CACCACACCCCAACCAAACGCAGCCCAACAUGACCCCCCUAACCUUCCGCAACGGCAUCUCCAUCGCCCUCCUCGUCCUCUACGCCCCCCUCCUCCUCCUCGGCGCCUUCCUCUCCAAACGCCACGGCUUUGGCCGUUCCUCCGGCUGGAUCUUCCUCGUCAUCUUCUGCACCCUCCGCCUCCUCUCCGCCGCCAUAAACCUCGCCCUCAUCAACUCCCCCACCUCCACCUCCCUCCACAUCGCCAACAGCAUAACCAACUCCCUCGGGCUCUCCCCCCUCCUCCUCGCCUCCCUCGGCCUGCUCAACCGCGCCAUCGAAUCCAUCGAGCGCCGCGCCCACUCGGUGACUGUCACGCCGCGCCAUUUGCGUCUGAUCCAGCUGCUCGUCAUGAUCGGUCUCAUCCUCGCUAUCGUCGGCGCUGUCAACCUCAGCGAUGCCAAAACUGAUGACGACGUCCAUCAGGCGCGGACGCUCGUCCAGGCAGCGGCCGGACUCUUCAUCGCUGGCUACGUCAUCCUGUGCCUUGCGACCGCGCGCGUCUUCUUCGCCAUCUCGUCCGCGGAGGCGGGGGAGCGGCGUCUCAUUCCCGCGCUGACGGCUGCGCUGCCGUUCCUCCUCGUUCGCGUAGUCUACGCGGGCGUUGGUGCUUUCGGGGACAAUGCGAAGUUCAAUGCUGUGACGGGGAGUGAUGUGGUUUUCCUGGUUAUGGUGGUGCUUAUGGAGUUGGCGGUGGUAUGCAUCUUUGAGGGCGUGGGUAUCACGCUCAGGGCCAUUCCAGAGGAGGAUAGGGGGAAGGUGUGGGAUUACAUGGAGAUGCCUGUGACGGGGGGGUUGGUGGGCAAGUUGGUAGGUGGGAGGAGGCAUGAGUCGAGGAGGGGCGAGCCGGUGGCAGAGAGGAGGUAUGGCGCGUAG